UUUUUCCAGAUCUCUCAAUUUAAUCGGCGUUGCCUUUUUCCUCGAAACCUCACACACUUCGCUCUCUUCUCAUCUUCAUAAACCUAAAAUGCAACUUAAAUUCACUCCAAAUAAACCCCAAACACGAAGGCAUCCCACUUCUUAAACUUAUAACUUCUCUCUCUGUGUGCCAGCACAUCAUUCCCCACCUACUUCUCCACCACUUCCGGUCUCUCCUCAGCCGCCAAAACCGGACAAACAAUUCACUUUCAACUAAUUCAACUGACCGGUGCAUGGAAUAAUGGAUUACCGGUCACCGCCGACGAUGAAUAUCUGGACCGACGACAACUCCUCCGUGAUGGAGGCUUUCAUGAGCUCCUCCUCCGACCUUUCCUCCCUCUGGCUAACCCCGUCCGCUACAUCCACCACAACUCCGGGACCCGACCCGAUCAGAGCCCCGCCGCCGCCGUUUCCGGCGCAAUCGCAGCCUCUAUUCAACCAAGAGACCCUACAGCAGCGUCUGCAGGCGCUGAUCGAGGGCGCCAGGGAGAGCUGGACCUACGCCAUCUUCUGGCAAUAUUCCUACGAUUAUUCCUCCGGCGCCUCCUUACUCGGCUGGGGCGACGGCUAUUACAAAGGCGAGGAGGACAAAGGAAAAGGCAAACUCCCCAAAGCGACGUCGUCUUCUGAGCAGGACCACCGCAAGAAGGUCCUCCGCGAACUGAAUUCCCUGAUCUCCGGCUCUUCCACCUCCGUCGACUAUGCCGUGGACGAAGAGGUAACCGACACCGAGUGGUUUUUCCUCGUGUCGAUGACUCAGUCAUUUGUUAACGGAAGCGGCCUGCCGGGCCAGGCUUUCUUUAAUUCAAACCCAAUCUGGGUCGCAGGGGCGGACCGGUUAUCCGGUUCGGCCUGCGAGCGAGCCAGACAGGGCCAGGUGUUCGGGCUUCAGACCUUGGUUUGCAUACCAUCAGCUAACGGCGUCGUAGAGCUUGCGUCCACGGAAGUGAUUUCCCAGAACACUGAUUUGAUGAACAAGGUGCGUGUUUUGUUCAACUUCAACAACCUCCCCGACGUGGGUUCAUGGCCGUUGAAUUCUGUUACAGCCGAUCAAGGCGAGAACGACCCUUCCUCGCUCUGGCUCAACGAUUCCUCUGGCGGGAUCGAAAUUAGGGAUUCCGUUAAUACCGUUACGCCUGCUUCGGCUAAUACAACGAUUGACAAGACCUUGCAGUUUGAAACCCCUGGUUCCAGUACUCUAACCGAAACUCCUAGUGUUGUUAUUGUUACCAACAACACUAACAGUCACCAGCAACGCCAGCAAUCGAUAAACCAUGGCUUCUUCUCGAGGGAACUGAACUUUUCAAGUUCCAUGAAGCCAGAAACCGGCGAGAUUCUUAGCUUCGGGGAUAGCAAGAAGACCUCUUACAGCGCCAACGGGAAUUUCUUUUCCGGUCAGUCGUCCCCGUUCGUUGCCUCCGAGGAGAACAAGAAAAGGAGGUCCCCUACUUCCAGGAGUAGCGUUGACGAUGGAAUUCUCUCCUUCACUUCUGGUGUGAUCUUGCCGGCAUCGAAUAUAAAAUCUGGUGGUGGCGGCGGCGGCGGCGGGGACGGUGAUUCCGACCAUUCAGAUCUAGAAGCUUCUGUGGUGAAGGAGGACGAUAGCAGCAGAGUGGUGGAACCGGAGAAACGACCCCGGAAGAGAGGGCGCAAGCCGGCAAAUGGCAGAGAGGAGCCGUUGAAUCAUGUUGAAGCGGAGAGGCAGAGGAGAGAAAAGCUGAAUCAGAAGUUCUAUGCUCUUCGUGCGGUGGUUCCUAAUGUUUCAAAGAUGGACAAGGCGUCCCUUCUUGGCGAUGCUAUAUCUUACAUCAACGAGUUGAAAUCGAAGCUUCAAGGGCUGGAAUCAGAAAAAGGUACAUUCGAGAAGCAAUUGGAUUCCGCAAAGAAGGAACUUGAGCUGGCAAGUAAAAAUCCACCACCACCACCACCACCAGAUAAAGAAGUGAAGAACUGCAAGCUGAUUGAUUUGGAAAUAGACGUGAAGAUUAUAGGUUGGGAUGCGAUGAUUAGAAUCCAAUGCAGCAAGAAGAAUCACCCUGCGGCAAGAUUGAUGGCGGCUUUGAAGGAGCUGGACUUGGAUGUGCACCAUGCCAGCGUGUCCGUAGUGAAUGAUUUAAUGAUCCAACAAGCGACGGUGAACAUGGGAAAUCAGUAUUAUACUCAGGAGCAGCUCCUGUUAGCGUUAUCAUCCAAAGUUGGCGAUGCACGAUGACUCUGCAGCAUUGGGAUACAUAAGAUCUAUACUAUUCUGUUAUUUCCUGAUGGUGUAGAGCUUAGGGAGAUUUUGUGGCUUCCCGAUAGCUGUCUCUGUAAAAUACUGUUCUUUUCUUAUUUUGGUCUAGUGCUUUUUGGUAGCUUAGUCUAAACUUUUGAGGUAAUUUGAUUUGGCAAGCUGGGUGGCUUCAAAUCUGUGGAGCAAAGAUAGGUAGCAGCUCUGAUGAAGUCAAAAUGGACUAUUUUUGUGUUAAUAUUAUCUGUCUAGAUUGUAUAUAUGUUUAUCAAUUAUCACAAACGUGAACUCAACUUCAUGAAAUUUCUUGGUUAUUAUUAUUAUUCAGCUUA